GCUCGGCUGGGAUGGGUGGGGAGGCUUGGGAUUAGGAUGGGAACUCAGGGUCACGAUAGGGGCUCAGAAAGGGGCGAGUGUCUCAGGAGAGGGGACUUGCGGGAAAGGCGACCUGGGGCGGGGGUGGGGGGGACGACGACAAAGGCUUCGGGGGGACUGCAACCCCUCCUCUGUCCAGCAAGGGAUCUAACUGCCCUGGGAAUGUGUCCCUGCAACUGUGACACCGUGCCUGACCCAGGCGGGCGCUACCAGGUUGAUGUGACACUAGCGGCACAGGUGUGUGGGGUGGCGGUCCUUGAGGUUUGGGGAGGAUAACAGGCUGCUCAGCGGCCUGGGGGUCCAGUUGGGGAACAGAGACCCCAGCCAGGCCACGCUGAGACUGUGGGAGGGGCUUUACUGGGGAAAGAGGGUCUCUGCUCCUGCCCCCCAAGAGUGGUGGGCAGCCUCUGGGCUCAGGGCCCAGCCUGGCCUUUCUCUCCUGCAACAGCUUGGCCACCCACGCCCACCUUGUUAGGGACAUUUUUAAGUAGUGCAAACAGGUCUAUUUCUGUUAUUUAGGUGCUGGGGGCAGGGCAGCGUGUUGAGGUUGGCCUUUGGCAAAGCCAGGUCCAGGGUGAGCAGGGGCGGGGGCACUGGAGGGGCUCUACCUGCUAGAGUCCCUUAGAUCCGGGUGCAAUUCUCUCACACAGGCCUGGCUGUCCUCUCUGGAUGGGGGGGGCUUCCAGAGAGGCUGUAGGCCACCAGAAGCCAGAGUUUCCCCGCACCUGGGGACAAGUGGCCUCCCUGACCGACUCCCCCCACCCCAGGGAAGGGACAACAGGAUGUGACCCUAGAAGGGCCUGGGUUCCAGCUGGGGAGCUCCUGCCUUGGAAGGAUUGUGGCAGGUGGGCACCAUGGAUUGCUGGCCUCCCUCCCAGAAAGGGGCUCUUUUGGGCAAGGGCAGAUCUGAUCCUUGGGGGUCCUCAGGAGGGGGGGCUGAGGGGUGUGAGAAAGCAGGGGGUUCAGGCUGCUGUUCUGCCCCCACCCCCGCAACUGGCCCGCUGUCUCCAGGCUCAGGUCCCCCUCACUCCUGCCUCUGCCCCGGGGACCCCAUCUACCUGCCCCAAGGUCUGUUUAGACAUCGAGACCAGAAACCCCUUCUGUGCCCCCUUCUCGGCACUCCACCACCCUGUCCUGUUUUGGAUCCGAGUCCUUUUCAACCCAAGACAGGGGCUGCCCAGCGGAAAAAAAACCCUCCCAUACGCUGAUGCAGCCCAGUCCAUAAACACUUGAAUAAUGGUUGUGUGUCUCCAGAUUGCACUGAGUGUGUGUGGGGGUAGUGGGGGGAUUGGAGGGGUGACUAGCCCCUGCGGGUGUGGACACUGGCCCCUCUGUGCUGAUGACUGUGAACCCCUGGGGUGCAGGCCCAGGAGACGGCGGCGCAGACACACAGGGCAGCGCCCUUCCCCACCCCCACCCCCGCCCCCAAAGGCUGGGCAGACUCCAGGAGUCCCCUCUGCCCAGACCCAGGCUCCAGUGGCGCAGAGGGUAGGGCCCCAGGUGCGGCCAGCACAGCCUGUAGUCCUCCUAACCGACAAGGAGGGGGGGCAGCUGCCGCCAGAUGAGGUGCUAGACGAGGCUGUGCCGGAGUACCAGGCCCCGGGGAGGAAGAGCCUCCUGGAGAUCCAGCAGCUGGACCCGGACGAUGAGAGCCUGGCCAAGUACAAGCGGGCGCUGCUGGGGCCUGUGCCACCUGUCGUGGACCCAAGCCUGCCCAACGUCCAGGUGACCAGGCUGACACUGAUGUCCGAGCAGGCUCCAGGGCCCAUCACCAUGGACCUCACAGGGGACGUGGCUGCGCUGAAAAGCCAGGUGUUUGUCCUGAAAGAGGGCGUUGAUUACAAAGUGAAGAUUACCUUCAAGGUCAACAAGGAGAUCGUCAGCGGCCUCAAGUGUCUGCACCACACCUACCGCCAGGGCCUGCGUGUGGACAAAGCUGUCUACAUGGUGGGCAGUUAUGGCCCGAGCGCCCAGGAGUAUGAGUUCGUGACGCCGGUGGAGGAGGCGCCCCGAGGCGCGCUGGUGCGGGGCGCCUACGUGGUCACGUCCUUCUUCACGGAUGACGACAGGAACCCCCACCUGUCCUGGGAGUGGGGUCUCCACAUCUGCCAGGACUGGGAGAGCUGAGCGCCCCCCGCCCGGGGCUGUCUCCCCACGUGGGGUCCUGGUUCCCCCCCGCCUCUCUCUGUCAGUCGCUGCAAAGGACCCCUGCGCCUUCCCUGGCCCCUCAGUGACCCACGCCCUCUGUCCUGUCCUAGGGUGCCCCCUUCCCGGGCCUGGCGCUGUGCCCUGAACAGCCCUAUUAAACGUCGCUCUGUCUCGGU